UUCAAAAUGGAGUAACCAGCAAAAUCAUCAAGGUUGCUUGCUAAUUAGCUAGGGCAUUAUAUUCCUAUCUCUAAAGUUAAAUUAAACGUAUUACUAGCUGAUGUAAUCCUUUCAUCGGUAUGGUUGAUAAGAAGAAACCAGACUCGUUCCAUUACUUCAUGAGUUACGAUGAUCUGAGUGACAGUAGCGAUAGUAACAGCAGCGAUUCUGAUGAACAGGGCCAGAAGAAAUCGAGAGGAAAGGGGGAGGACGAUGCUACUGGAAGCGGCAACAAAUCUCCCCAACACGGGACCAAGCGGGCGGUUAGUGGAGCUCCUCUACCCAAACCCGACGAGCUCUUCAAGUCGGUUGCCAAGCCAUCCUUCCUGUACAACCCAUUGAAUAAACAGAUAGAUUGGGAGAGCCGCGCCGUGAAAGCUCCCGAAGAGCCUGCCAAGGAGUUCAAGAUGUGGAAGACAAAUGCGGUGCCCCCUCCUCAGAGUUACGCCACAGAAACGGAGAAGCCCAAGAAGGGAGCUCCCCCAGGUAUGGACAUGGCCAUAAAGUGGUCCAACAUCUACGAGGAUAACGGAGAAGACGCUCCACAGCCUCACAUGGGCAACGCUGUCUUCCUGCCCACAGAGGAACAGCCAUCAGAUUCAGACGAGGACGGAGACAAGGCAUCCGUGUCAGCAAAAAAGAGGAGGGUAGAGAGCUUCCAACAGAAGGAGAAGAGGAAGCGGGAUCUGGGCCAGGCCACCUCUGACAAGAGUUUCGUAGAGGAAGAGAAGAGGAUUCUCAGGCAGAACGCAGACUGAGGCCUAGAUCUGGUUGAAACCUGGGCUUUGAUUUGGGUUUUGAUCCAAAGUCUGGGUACACUAACCCUCAGGGACUGUCCUACAGCUUUCCCCCUCAGACACCCUCACACUCCUCUCUCUUCUCCCGUGUCCAGCCCCUGGUUAUGUGAAUGGUCUAGUGCUCGUCUACCCAGUACACAUGAUAUAGAUGUUAUUGUUAUUGAAACAUUUGAACUGUUAUUUGUAAUCUCUUGGUAUAUCUUUGACGCGCAUAUUAUCCAGACACUAGUGGAAAACGCAUUUAUUCCUGAGUUUGUGUGUCUGUAAGGUAUUGUCCAAUGUUUUCGUUGUAAAUAGAUGACUACCUGACCUACAUAUUAUUGGCUUGAUUUGGAUGAAUAUCUUUGAACUGCUUUGGGGGAAAUCAAAAAUGGGUUAAUUUGGAUCAUGGGUAGAUUUUUUUUAUUUUUUAUGUGGCUUUUUAUUUUUGAAAAGCAAGAAAUGUACGGUAAAGACAUUGCAUUAUUAGUGUGUCUGUUGGCGAGAACAUUGAUUGCGGUCAAGAAAGACUGCAUUUGAUAGACUGAUUGAAACCAAGUGGAUAACUUUUCAUUUACAUAAAAUAUCCACCUGAUGGCGCCAUUGGGCCACAUUUGGUACACAACCUUUUCACUGGAGGGAAAGGCUCAUUUGCAGUAGUAGUAACUUAUGUUGCCGUGUCUUUUACUGCGUCUGUACAAUAUGUAUACAGUUAACCACACACUGACAGUUUUUAAUGUCAGUUUUUUAGUAAAUUCCCUUGUCACACACAACUGAUGCAAUAAAGGGAAUGUUAAAGACUUGUUGAUUAGCUUUCAUUCUUUAGCUUGACCAAAGAAGUCUACUGUACAUUGACGCGAAAGCUAAAUGGUCAAUCAAGCAUAAGUGUAAUGAACAAAGCAAAAAUGUUGAGUGAGACACCAGGGGGGAGCAAGGUGACAUAUUGUGAAACGAGUGUGAAAAGAGUCACUUGGAACAUUUUACCACAUGCUGUACUGGCAGUGUACUUCAGAUAAGUAAAGGAUGUUUUGCGUGACUGGAAACACCUGUGAAAUGAUUCCGUCUGUUAAACAUUACUUUAACUCUAUUUUUAUUUUAUUUCCUUAGCCCUCAAGUGCUUUAUAGCUAGUCAUUUCCAAAUAAACUACACACUGCUGGUAUGGACA